AGAGCUGGGAUUAAAAUGUUUAUACUUGAGACCACUAUGAGGAUAUGAGUUGAGAUAUGUCCUGAUCACUCCCGUCUCCCACCACCACCCACUUCUCUCUGUUUUUAACCUUAUAAGGUUUUACUCCUUUUCUCCCUGGAUGUUUUUUUUUUCCUCAUCAGUGAGGGAACAUGGGUUCUCUACAUUUCAUUUUCAUUCUCAAACUUGAACUUGAAUCCAGAGGACAUGCAAGUGAAGUCCACCAAAAGUACAUUUUCUUUCUUUGACAUCUUUUGUCUCUGGAAUCAUAAUGUUUCCUGUGUCUUCCUAUGGCCAGGACUUUACUCAAAGCUAAGGAUGAAACCACUGACAAAAAAGGUUCAGGCUGUUCCCUAUGACUGAUGUUACCACUAUACAAUCUCCCUGUCCAUUCCUUCUGUUCUUUGAGGUUUGUUUAUUCACACGAUGGAUUCUUACUGAUCACCUACGUUGUACCACGCUUGGGGCUAUUGCUAGAUUCCCAAGAUGAACAAGAUAGGCAUCUUCUCUGCCUGCUCUGAAUGGUGCUCACAGUAUAUUGGAGGACGUAAAUAAAUAGAUGGUCACAAUCCAGAGUGACACCUAUUGUGAUGGGUGAGGCACAGGGGCAGGGAGGGCAUGAGCCUGAAUUUUUUUGUGAGAGGGUAAGUAGAGAAGGCUUCCUAGAAGAAGGGACAUUUAAGCUAAGAUCUGAAGCUUGGCUAGUCUGAUGAAUGAGAGAGGGAAGACCAUUCCAGUCCAAGAAAAUAAGAUGGGCAAAAGUCCAAUGGUGAGACUGCAUCUAGAUCUUUUAAAUAAUUGUAUAAUUGGUGCAUAAGGUGUGAGGGGGUGGGAGGGUGGUCCAUGAGGAACUGAAAACAUCUAUAAUAAAUGCCAGUAUGAUCAAGGGUCUUCAGGCCAUGUUAAGAAAUUUAGUUUAUCCUGAGAAUAAUGAGGAGACACUGAAGGAUUUUCAGUUGAGGCAAUAAAAUCAGAUAUGAUUUAUAGAAAGCUCACUCUUUCUGUGGUGAGGAGACCAGAUGAUAGGUGGGUAUGCCUGGAGGCAAGGGGAACCGUUGCCCUAAUAUAUGAAACAAAUAAUAUUGUCCUAAAUGACAGCAGUGGUAGCUGGCACUGAGGAAAUGGGUAAAUAAGAGAAACGGGUCAUUUUAGCUAUAUUGAGACAGUAAAAUUGUCAUAAUUUGGUGGUAUUUGCAUGCAGACAGGGUGGAAGGAAAAAUGAUUCAAUAAUGAUAUCCAGGUUUCUGGCCAGAUGAGCUGUGUAGAUAGCAGUGAUAAUGAUUUCAGCAUUAGAUACGCCUUUAACCAAUUCCAAACUCCUUCUCCUGUAGCUGUGCUUUUUGAAGUAUUGGGAAAAUAUGUUGAAGAUUUUUUUGACUCGUGAAAUCUCCAGAUGGAUUAAUGUCAUACUGUCCACUCAAAUACCACAAGAAUUAUGCCAAUAAUUACCUCCAGCCUAGCUGCAAAAGUAAAUGUACUGGAGUAACACUUAUAAAGUUUAAAAAAUUUCUUCUCCCACUACAAACCUUCUCUUUCCCAUGGCACCAAGCACAGGCACUUGAAAGUAUUCAGUUGAACUAUAUGAAACUGCCAUUUUUGUAGGACCCAAGCUAUUAAAUAUCAGAGAUUUUAUAUAAUUCAACCCCACACUAGAAGAUCAACAUUGGCAUAUUGCAUAAUUUUCAGAGUUCACAAUGCAGGGCUUACCAGUUCCAUUCGAUUAAUCCAACUUUCUGCUUACAGACAAAUGGAAUGGGAAAACCUGACCAGUGUCUCAGAUUUUUUCCUUCUGGGGCUCUCCCAGCAGCCAGAGCAGCAGGGAGUCCUCUUCGGGUUGUUCCUGCCCAUGUACCUGGUCACAGUGGCAGGCAACCUUCUCAUCAUUCUGGCCAUCUUCACUGAUGCUCAGCUCCACACUCCCAUGUACUUCUUCCUGGCCAACCUUUCCCUCGCUGAUACCUGCUUUGUGUCUACCACGGUCCCCAAGAUGCUGGCAAACAUAUGGUUCCAGAACCAGGUCAUCUCAUAUGUGGGAUGUCUAUCACAACUCUAUUUUUUCAGGCUGUUUGUGAUGCUGGAAGCAUUCAUCUUGGCCGUCAUGGCCUAUGACCACUAUGUGGCUAUAUGCUACCCACUCCAUUACCUCAUGGUCAUGAGCCCUGGUCUCUGUAUCCUCCUAGUGUCUGCAUCCUGGAUCGUGAAUGCCCUCCACUCCCUCCUACACACACUCUUGAUGAACAACCUGUCCUUCUGUGCAGCCCACGAGAUCCCACACUUCUUCUGUGACAUCAACCCUCUUCUGAGUCUGUCCUGCACAGACCCCUUCAUCAAUGAGCUGGUGAUUUUCACUGUAGGGGGUCUUGCAGGCUUGGUUUGUGUGCUCUGCCUGGUUAUCUCUUACGCAUACAUCUUCUCCACAAUCCUGAAGAUGCCCUCUCAGGGGAAGCGGAAAGCCUUUUCCACCUGCAGCUCCCACCUCUCUGUGGUCUCUCUAUUCUUUGGGAGUUCCUUUUGUGUUUAUUUCAGUCCCCCCUCAGUCCGCUCAGCACAGAAGGGCACAGUGGCAUCAGUGAUGUACACAGUGGUAACCCCAAUGCUGAAUCCCUUUAUCUAUAGUUUAAGGAACAAAGAUAUCAAGUCUUCCCUGAGAAAGCUAAUGAGGGCUAGGAAAAUGCAUUCCCCUUAGUGGUAGUGACCUCACAUCCACUCUGUGGGUCCCCACCCAACUACAUUCACCACAGUCAAGCAGUGAAGAAUGAGAGAGGGAGAAAAGUAGAGACCUUCUUUCCAGGACUCGUGAUCGGAACUUGAAAUGUUCAUGCCUAAGCUACAGGAUGGCAUCAGGACAAACCCAUCAUCAGGUCAAUAUCAUUAGCUUAAGUUCAUAUAAUCAUAAUGUUCUAAAAUUAUAGCCAUCCAGUUGUAGAGUAUAAUAAAGAUGUGCCUGAAUCUUUCAUAACAACAGGGGACAGCACACAACCAGAAUAAGGGAAGAGCGGAUUGUGCUAUUGCAUUUGGCCAAGAAUAAACUCGAGGGAAGCAGGACUUUCCCCCACCAUCACGAGGACCUUGGUGACUUGGCUCCCUAUCAAUAGUGUUUUAACACUGGA